AUUGAAUUAUUACCAUAAUGAUGAUGAUGAUGAUAAUGAUUACAUAAACGAUGGAAACACAACGAAAAUUGAAUCUAACCGAUUCUUGCAAUAAUGAACAACUUCAUCAGAAUUCAAAUUCAACAGAAUCAAUCUGGAUUAAUAUACAACAAAAAACAUUUAUAAAUUGGAUAAAUGAACAGCUUCGAUCAACUGGUGUUCAAGUCCGAAAUCUACAACAAGAUUUUGCAAAUGGUUUAAAAUUAAUCACAUUGGUUGAAUGUUUACAGAAUCGUAAAUUGAAAAAAAUCCAACGACCAUUAAAUCAACAUCAAUCAAUUGAAAAUGUACAGAUUGCAUUGAAUGCAAUAGCUUCCGAUCAUAUACGUCUUGUCAACAUAGGCAGUACUGAUAUUGUGUCUGGUAACCUAAAGCUAAUACUUGGUUUAUUAUGGCAACUGAUCACUCGUUAUCAAUUGGGUAAAGCAACUACACUGCCAAAAAAAUUGUUGCUUUCAUGGCUUGAAUCUGCGUUACCAGAUUUGAAAAUAACAAAUUUCACAAAAGAUUGGAAUAAUGGCAUUGCAUUGGCUGCAUUAUUGGAUUUUUGUAAACCGGGCAUAUUCAGUGAUUGGCGAAAACUUUCACCAAAAAAUAGUGUGGAAAAUUGCCAUAAAGCAAUGACAAUGGCCAAAACUGAAUUCAAUAUACCGAUGAUUAUAACGGCAGAAGAUUUAAGUAAUCCAAAUUUGGAUGAAAAAUCUGCGCUAACAUAUCUAUCGUAUUUUAUGAAAGAAAAUGGUCCCGGUUACAAUCUAAUCGUUAAUUGGACAAAACAAAUAUUGCCAAAUGCUGAUUUAACAAAUCUAACGACCGAUUGGAAUAGCGGCAUUCUGUUCUGUCAUUUACUCAAUAAAAUUGGUGCCAACAUUGAAAACGUUCAAAAUCUCAAAUCGGAUAAAAAAUAUUGGGAAAAUAAUUGGUCACUAGCCUUCGAAACAGGCCGCAAAAAUCUAGGCAUUGAACCACCGAAUCAAUUGAAAGCAAAACAUUUUUCUGAUCCAAAUAUUGAAUAUAUAAGCGUUAUGGCUUAUCUGACAAAAUUGAUUCACAUUUCACGUAAACAAAAUGAUCACGAUCAAUAUGAUAAUCAACUACGUGUAAUUGGUGUAAAUUUGAACAAUGUUUUCGUACAAAAAGAAGCAUUAUUCAAUAUUGAAAUAUUAAUGGAUAAUAUUGAAUUGGAAUUUGUUCGAUCAGAAGUUCAUCAUUUAUCGACGAAUAAAUUGAUAACAUCGGAAAUCACUGUGAAUAAAUAUGGUGGCACAGGAAAAUUUACACCACUAGAUGCCGGAUUAUAUGAAUUGAAAAUUUUCUACAAAGAAACUUUGGCCACAAAACCAUUAAUGAUAAAAGUACAUCCUGAUCUAACGAAUGUCAUAUUUUCCGGCAUUGAACCUUGUUCAGUUGGUUCACUAGUUGAAGUGGUGAUCAAUUCCAAUGGUGCCGGUUCAUCCGAUGUUAAAGUAGUGGCCGUAUCGUCAACGAAACGUGAAUUAAAUUGUGAAUUAAUCGAAAAAGAUAAUUCAAUUAUUGCAAAUUUUAUACCGGAUGAAAUUGGUGAAUGGCGUAUUGCCAUCACAUAUUCCGGGGAACAUAUUAAUGGUAGUCCAUUUCCAUGUUUAGUUUAUGAUUGUAAUCAAGUGACAGUCAAUCAUAAUAAUAAUCAACAGCAAGUGAAUUUGGAUGAAAAAAUUUUCUUCACCGUUGAUUGCCGUAAAGCUGGCUGGGGUAAAUUGAAUAUAAAAGUUUUUCAUUCAUCGAAUCCACAGCAUCAGCAACAACAACAACAACCGCCAAUUGAAAUUGAUGAACGUGGAAAUGGAAUCUAUAAUGUAUCGUUUAAAGCAGAAUCGAUCGGAAAAUAUUUCAUUCACGUUACAUUCAAUCAACAAGAAAUACCAAAUUCACCAUUUGAAAUUCAAGUACUUCCGCCAUCAUCAUCAUCAUCAUCAAUAAUUGAUCUAAAUAAUCGAAUGCAAAGAGCAGCUAUCAGCGAUCAUGCUAUGGCCAGCAAUAAAAAUGGCCAAGAAAAGAAACAGCAACAACAACUUGAUCAAAAAUCGUUUAUUGUUGAAAAUCAAGAAAUUUUUCGUACACAAGUUGGAAAACUGGCACAAUUAGAAAUCAAUAAUAAUUUUGGUGAUUCAAAUUUGUUAUCAUAUUUUGUUAAAGAUCCAUUGCAACAAAAACUUUCGGCAAUUUUGAAACGAAUUGAACCAACACCUGGUGAUGAUGGUGGUUCAUAUAAAUUGGAAUUCAUGCCCAUAAUGGUUGGAAAUCAUACAGUAUUCAUUGAUGUUGAUAAUCAACCCAUCAAAGGUAGCCCGUUCGUAUGGAAUGUUUAUGAUUUGAAUCAAGUGAAAGUGAUAUUUUUCCAUGAAAAUAAUUUGAAAAUUGGACAUGACGUUCAUUUUGAAAUCGAUACAUCCAAUGCUGGUGUUGGAAAUGUUGAAGUUUUCAUUGAUAAUGGAUCAGUUCCUUGUACAUUGAAAUCGUUGUGUAAAACACGAUAUUUAGUAAUAUUUAAACCAAAACAAUCCAAUUCAAUCAUCGAUGUACGAUUCAAUGGUGAAAGUUUGCCAGAAUCACCAUUUCAUUUGCAAUCUGCAACAUCUACUACAAACGGCGCUAAACAUCAUCAACAUAAUGGCAAUGAUGAUCAAGAUGAAGAUGAAAAAUCAAGCGGUACAUUUCAUAUUGAAUCUAUUGAAAAUUUCAAAGUCAACGUAUCUACUUCGUUCACAAUUAGUGUUAAAAAUAUGAUCAUCUCAAUGGAAGAUUUAUCCGUAUCGAUAUUGGAUUCAACAAUUUCAUCCGUAAUAAAUUAUCGUAUCGUUGAAGAACCGGAUAACGUGUAUCGUGUUUUAUUCACUGCCCAAGCGGUUGGAACUUAUGAAUUUAAAAUAUUCUAUAAAAAUACAAUGAUUCAUUUAUUUACGGCCAAAGCAUAUGAUUUAACGAAAAUUACCUUGACUGAUAUACCAAAGACGAUAAUUUUGAACGAAAAAUGCAAUAUACAAGUUGAUGCAUCCAGUGCUGGCGAAGGACAACUGGAAAUUGCCAUAAAUGAUGGUGAAGUACCAAAUCAUGUACAAGUAUUGGGCAAUGGAAAAUGUUUGAUAAGUUUCAAACCAGAAUCACUGGUGGAACAUGUAGUGGAUAUAAAAUUCAACAAUGAAAACAUUAUCGGCUGUCCAUUUGUUUGUCGUGUUCAAGAAUUUCCGGAUCUAAAAUUUGAUCUUUCGAAAAUUGAAUUAAUACAGGUGGGCUUUCCUGUUCGAUUCACAAUCGAUAGUGGUAAUUAUCGAUUGGAAAAGAAAAAUUUUUCGAUUAUCAUUCUAUCACCAUCAUCGAAUGAACCGUUGCCCGUGAAUAUAACAUAUGGUCCAAUUGUAUUAUGUGAAUUCAUACCGAAUGAAGUUGGUCUAUACGCUAUUAAUUUUGAAUAUUGUGCCAAACUAGUCUUUAAUCAGCCAUAUUUAAUUAAAAGUUUUGAUCCAACCAAAGUAAUUGUUCAAGCACCGACAAAUGGUUGUGUAGGGAAACCGAUACAAUUUAUUGUCGAUGCUAUAUAUGCUGGUGAAGGUAAUCUUGAAAUAUCUGUGGUAACCAAUGAAAAAAAUGUGCCAACACAAGUACAACCAAUUGGUGGUGCUAAAUUUGGUGUCUGUUUCACGCCAUCACAAUCUAAUGAUCACGUUGUUUCCAUUACAUUCAAUAAUAUUGCUGUCAAUGGCAAUCCAUUUUUGGUCAAUGUUCUGCCAUCAACCGAUAAGCCGAUUGUAACCGGAUCGGCAUUACAUUAUUCACCAGUCGAUCAAAUUGCGCGUCUCACCAUACAUAAUGUUGAUUCGGAGAAUGAUAUCAUAGCCAAAGUACAAGAUGGAAAUAAUCAAGUCAUUUCGGCCAACAUUAUCAAAGAUUUACAAAAUCAAUGUAUUCAUUUGGAAUUUUUGCCAAAAAUGCCAGGCGAAUAUAAAAUUCAACUUAAAUAUAAAGGCGAACAUAUACAAGGAUCGCCUUUCUUGACGAAAAUUUAUGAUAUCAAAAAAAUCAAAGUAAAAGAUAUCCCAGAUGAAAUUUGUAUGGGAAAGAUGGUUACCUUUUUAGUUGAAGCAACAAAUGCUGGACCUGGAAAUCUAGAAGUGAUUGUUAAUAAUGGAAAAGUUCCAUCCACGCCUAAAUCAUUGGGACCUAGUUUAUAUGCCAUUUCAUUUGUACCGAUCGAUCCAGAAAUUCAUGUUAUCGAAAUUAAAUUCAAUGGAAAAAAUGUUGAAAAUUCACCAUUUCGUUGUAAAAUACUUGAUGCAGAAAAAGUGGUCAUGUUUCAACCAUUGGAAAAAGUGGCCGUCAAUAAAGUAUCACAAAUUACGGUCGAUACAAAUGGUGGCCUAUUGAAUGAAAAUUCCAUUGUCAUUCUAAGUCCAUCACAUCAAAAUCUAAAACCAAUAUUAUUAGGUGAUCAUUUAAAUGGUUAUCAGAUUCAAUUCAAUCCACAAGAAGUUGGUGAUCAUGCUAUUGAUAUAAAAAUUGGUGGCAAUUCCAUUCCUGGUUGUCCAUUUUUAGUAAAAGUUUAUGAUGCAAAAAAAGUUAAAGUUACCGAUAUCAAAAAUGGUUUUGUUGGCAAACCAAUUUAUUUUUCCAUAAAUGCUAGUCCAGCUGGUGCUGGAAACCUGGAGAUUAUUGUAUCAUCGAAUGGCCGAAAUGUACCGAAUUAUGUACAAUCAGAAGGAAAUGCAAAAUUUCGUGUUAAUUUCAAACCAACAGAAGCAACAUUACAUAUGAUUAGUUGUAAAUUUAAUGGUGAACCAGUACCGGGUAGUCCAUUCACCGUUCAAGUAUUUGAAGCAAAUAAUCCAUUGGGAACCCUAUUCUCUGAUUCAUCAAUCAAGAAUAUUUCAUUAAACAAAGGCGUAGAAUUUCGUAUAGAAAAUCCAAAUAAUGAAUUGAAACAAUGUCAAAUCAUAAUAACAACACCUAGCCGUAAAAACGUUAAUCCUGUGGUGGAAAAGUUACCCAAUUAUUUUAAUGUACGAUUUAAACCUAUGGAAAUUGGUCCACAUCAAAUGAUUAUAUCGUUGGAUGGAUUACCAGUGCCUGGUUGUCCAUUCACCAGUAAUGUUUAUGAUGUUAACCGAAUCAAACUUGGACAAUUGAACAGAUGCGCGUUGGGCAAACCAUUUACCUUUCAAGUGGAUGCAUCACAGGCAGGUGAAGGUACAUUAGAAUUGGUUAUAUCCACUGAUAAUAGCUCCGUACGUGCUGAAGUAUUGAUGAAAAGUCGUGGACUUUAUGAUGUUACUUUUAUACCUCAAGAAUGUGUGCCACAUUAUCUAAAUAUGACAUUUAAUGAUGAAGAUGUUCCAGGUAGUCCUUUCGAUAUUGAAAUUAUAAAAUCACCUGUUUCCACUACAACAACAACGGCUACAAUGGAAGAUCGACGGACUUUAACUGGACGUGUGAAUCAAAUCAACUUAGUGAAUUUUCGUCAACAAUCAUCAUCAUCAUCGAAUAUUCGAUCAAUGAUCGUUGGGCCAAAUAAAACAAAAAUAACUGGAUCAUUGAUAAAAGUGGAUGAGGAAAAUUUUCGAUUGGAAUAUCUGCCUAAACUGGUAGGCAGACAUAAAAUCGAAAUUUUUGACAAUGAUAAACCAAUAUGGAAAGAACCAUUAUUUAUUGGCGUCGUUGAUCCAAAUCAAAUUCAAGUUUCAAUGCCCGCAAAUUGUUUACAAGGAAAAGAAUAUGAAUUCAAUGUUGACACUUCAAAAGCAGGCGAUGGAGAUUUACUUGUCAAGAUUAUUAGCGAUCAUGAUCAUAAUCAGGAUGUUCCAUUCAAAACCAAGGAUAACGUUGAAUCACGAUUACAUCGAUUUUCAUUCAUACCUGAAAUGGCUAAUAUUUAUCGUAUUGAAAUUUAUUAUAAUAAAUAUCCAAUGAUCGGGUCACCAUUCAUCGUUAAAGUUCAACCUGCACAUCUUGAAUCAAUCAUUAUCUAUGGUGAAGGAUUGAAAUCGGCCCAUUGUAAUGAAAGAGCGAUAUUUUUCAUUGAAAGCGAAGAUUUAUCUGCUAAUGAUUUUGAUAUCAUUGUUACCGAGCCUAUUACACGAUCACCAUUGCCAGUUAAAUGUUAUCAACAGAAAAAUGGUUGCCUUUUAGUGGAAUGGUUACCGAAAAAAAUUGGCUCACAUAAAAUUGAAGUUUUUCGUGGCGAUGAUGCUAAGCCAGUGAUUGGUUCACCAUUUAUAUGUGAAAUAUUCGAUGCAUCCAAAGUGAAUAUUGAACCAAUUGAAUCAUCAAGUUUUGUUAUUAACAAAAAAAUCACUUUACAUUUAAAUAGAAAAAAUGCUGGCUACGCUGAAUUGGAUGUUACGGUGACCAGUCCAUUGGGUCGUCAUCUUCCUAUUGAAGUGAAAGGAAUGCCCAAUGGUGAAGGUGAAUUGAUUGAAUUUGUUCCAACGGUACCAGGAAAAUAUAAAAUCGCCAUCACCUAUGGUAAUGUUGAAAUACCAGAUAGUCCGAUAACGUUUUUUGCACAAGAAAGUAUUCUACCGAAAAUAUCUGGCAACGGUCUCUAUUGUGGUAUGAUAAAUGAGCCUUGUUUUUUCAUUAUCGAUGCCAAAGAUAUUUAUGGUUCACCUGAAAUUAAAAUUGAUGGUCCAGAAAGUGAAACAUCAUUUUCGAUUGAAAAAUGUAAUGACAUUUAUAAGAUUACCUAUAUACCAUUGGAAAUUGGCAUUUUCGACAUAAAAGUCUUGUGGAAUGGUCAAGAGAUUCCAGAAAGUCCAUUUCAUCCACAUAUUGUCAACAUUGAAAAAGUCCGUCUAAUCGGUGGAUGGGAAAACAUUUUAGACGGCCAUAAUAGAUUGAAUUUUUGUAUUGGUGAAGAAAAGAAAUUGAUUUUUGAUAUUAGUGAAGCUGGAACAGGAAAAUUGAACCUUAAAAUCAAACAUCAAAACAACAACAGCCAAAAUUCAGAAGAGUUAUUACCAUUGGAACAAAUAGGAUCAUAUAAAUAUAAAGUGAUUUUUAAGCCAAAAUUUUGUGGCGAAUACGAUAUUUUUGUUUAUUUUGAAAAUUUUCUUCUACCUAAAAUGCCUAUACACGCCGUUGUCAAUGAAAAUAGUAUGGAAGGUGUAACCGUUGUACUUCGCGGCCAUGGUCUUGCCGGUGCUAGAGUUGGUGAAGAAGCUGAAAUCGUUAUUGAUGGAAAAGAUGCUGGUGAUGGUGAACCAGACGUUUCGUUGACGGGUGUUAAAUCUGAUAUCAAAGUUAAAUUGGUUGCCAUUGGUCCUCGAUUAUAUAAAGCGAUAUAUGAGCCAAGAAUUCCAGGAACCUAUCUAUUGAAUGUACUUUGGAAUCAGAAACAAGUAAAAGGAUGUCCACUUAAGGUUCCAAUAUUACCUAGUUGUGAUGCAAAAAGAGUUAUUUGUACUGGUGAUGGACUUAAAGGUGGUACAAUUGGUAAAGAGAUUAAAGCAUUCAUCGAUACACGACGUGCUGGUCCAGGUGAACUAAGUGCUCAAUGUGUUGGUCCGAAUAAAGCUGCCAUUUGUGAAUUAUAUGAUCAAAAUGAUGGAACAUUUACAUUAUUAAUUCAUCCUCAAGAAGGUGGUAAACAUACCUUGACGAUAAAAUAUGGCGGUCAACAUAUAAUCGGAUCACCAUUUUUAAUGCGAAUCUAUUCAGCACCAGAUGCUAGCAAAGUUCGUGUGAUUGGUCCCGGCAUUGAACAUGGAGUGCUGCCAAUUUAUCAAAGUCACUUUAUGUGUGAUACUAAAGGUGCUGGAGCUGGCCAAUUAACAGUUCGAAUUCGUGGUCCAAAAGGUGCAUUCAAAGUUGAAAUGCAACGUGAAAGCCAAAAAGAUCGUACGAUUUAUUGCAAAUAUGAUCCAACCGAACCAGGUGAUUAUAGAAUCGAAGUAAAAUGGGCCGGUGAACAUGUACCUGGAUCACCAUUUUUCGUUAUGAUUUUCGAUACUCAAGAUGAAUUGAAUCGAUUUAUACGUAAUGGUUGUAGUAAUUCAAUGAUAUCAUCAUUACCACCAUUGAAUGCUAUUGAAAGAAUGGCUGGACCAAAUUAUUCUGAAGAAUGGAAACAAAUUUCAUGGAAAGGAUCUACAGCUGAUUUAUGAUCAAUCAAUGAUAAUAAUAAUUUUUAUUUUUUAUUUUACAAACAUUGCAUUUAUUAUCCUCACAUGAUAAUUAUUUAUUUUCAGGAAAAUUUUUAAAUUAUUUUCAUUGCCCGAAAAGUUUCUCGGUUCAAUUUGUGAGCCAAAAUUCUGGAAAAAAUUUUCUGACGUAAAUAUACACACACA